AUGGGGGAACCACUUUUAAGAGAUGGGCUACUCUUGGGAAUUGGUAGUCCUCUUUUGGAUUUAUCUGCGAAUAUGGAUGAAGAUUUCUUGCUAAAAUAUGAUCUUAAAGCUAACGAUGCUAUUUUAGCUGAAGAAAAGCACUUACCAAUGUAUGAGGAACUGGCAAAUAGUCCUGAUGUCACUUACAUUGUUGGUGGAUCGUGUCAAAAUACAAUGCGAGUUGCUCAGUGGAUCGUAAAGAGACAAAAUACAGUUGCCUUCAUGGGCAGCGUCGGAAAAGACAAAUUUGGAAAAAUCCUGGAAAAUAAAGCAAAAGAAGCUGGGGUGUUAGUGGCGUACCAGAUACAUGACACGGUACCGACUGGAACAUGCGCUGUGGUCAUCACAGAUAAUGGACACAACAGAUCACUUUGUGCACAUUUAUGUGCAAGCAAACACUUCACUGUAGAUUUUUUUCUUCAACCCGAAAGUCAGAAAUUAAUUAACAAUGCCAGAUUUUUUUACAUUUCUGGUUUCUUUCUGCCAGUAAGUCCAGAGUCAGUUAUGUACAUAGCAAAACAUGCUUGCAGAAACGACAAGUAUUUCUGUAUGAAUCUGAGCGCGCCUUAUCUCUGCCAUUUUUACAAAGAACCGAUGCUGAAAGCAUUGCCUUUCGUAGACAUAUUAUUCAGCAAUAAUCAGGAAGCUCUUGCAUUUGCUGAUGAACAUUUAUUUGGAACAGAUGACAUUGAAGAUAUAGCCUUACGCAUUAAAAAUUUUCCUAAAGAAAACAAAUCGAGGAGUAGAAUAGUAAUAGUAACACAAGGCAGAGGCCCAGUGAUUUGUGCGACAGAAAACGGAAUAAUGCACUAUCCUGUCGUCAAUUUAACGCAGGAAGAAAUAGUCGAUACCAAUGGAGCUGGUGAUGCUUUUGUAGGAGGUUUUCUGGCUCAGUUCAUUCAAGGCAAAGGGUUGGACAUAUGCAUACGAUGUGGUAUCUAUGCAGCUACUGAAGUAAUUAAGCAGUCUGGAUGUUCUUUUCCCAAACACCCCAAUUUCUCAACAUAAAGAAAAGUUCAUUACUACUUCUGUGAAAAGAUGCCUUUUGCAACAUCAAAUUAAGCUUCGUUUGCUAAAAGACGACAAAAAAGUUGGCAAAAAGUUUUCAAUUGCCAAAUUUAUGAAUCAGAUACUACUCCCAUAUUUCGAUGCAGUUCAUGGGUGGGGAACUUAUGUCUCCCAUUGGAACAUUUUACUUUUUUAGUUCAAUGUUCCACUACCAUUAAAACCAAUUGUGUAUCGGAUUUAUUGAGUGGAAUGAUAUGCAUUUAAAC